AUGCCUGAUGAUAAAGAAGCACCUGUAUAUACAGCUGAAAAAAUUUUACUUAAACGAAUACGAAAAGGAAAAGUUGAAUAUCUAAUUAAAUGGAAAGGAUGGGCUGCUAAAUGGAAUACUUGGGAACCUGAAAAACAUAUUUUAGAUAAAUUACUUAUUGCAGAUUUCAAUAACAGAAAUCGAAAACGUCAAAAAAGUAAAUCUUUAGUUCGUAAUAGUGUAAAUAAAAGUCAAACAACAAUAAAAACUCGUUCAAAUAAUUCCGUAAGAAUACGUCGUUUACGUAGUUCAACAUCAUCAGAUAUAUCAACAUCAGCUGUUGUUUCUCCUCCAACAAUAAAUGAUGAAAAUAAUGAUGAUGAUUUUUUAUCAAAGAAAAAAUCUGAUAAUGAUCGAGUUGAAGUUUAUAAACUUCGAUCAAAUCGAAAUGAAAAACUAGAAACGAAUGAAAAAGAUUUAUCUGACUUAUUAAAAGAAUCUGAUCAUGAAGAAGAAGAAGAAGAAGAAAAAGCAGAAACAAUUGUUAGUCAUACACCAAAAUUUGAUGAAUCUAUAAGAGAAUUUUUAUGGCAACCAAAGGAAAUUUCACCGUCAACAACAAUAACUGAAGUAACGGAUCAAAGUGGUGUAACCGUUUUAAUUCGAGAAUUUAAUGAUAUUCCAACAUCAAAUAUAAAUAGACCAGCACGUUUUCUUGGAUAUGGAAAUGGAGGUCGUGGUGGAAGACAUUGA